AUGAACGCACCUCCUACCUUCGAAUCAUUUCUCUUAUACGAUGGAGAAAAGAAGGUUCAAAAGGAAGAAGAUACUAAAGUUACAAAUGCAGCCAUAUUUACUGUAAACAAAGAAGAUCACACAUUAGGAAAUAUGAUUCGCCACCAACUCUUAAAAGAUCCGAAGGUACUUUUUGCGGGAUAUAAAGUGCCUCAUCCUUUAGAACACAAAUUUGUACUACGGAUUCAAACUACAUCAGAUUACACUCCACAGGAAGCUUUCAUGAAUGCUAUAACCGAUCUUACUUCAGAGUUAUCACUCUUUGAAGAACGAUUUAAAGAAGCGAUCAAAGAGAAGAAGGAUGGUUUGGAU